AUGGGAAAAAACAAAGAAAAGCAAGAUCAUACUGAAGUAAAGCAUACAAUGAAAAAAACAAAUCCAAAGCUAGAUAACAUAGAAAAAGGAAACAGCGUAAUACCAUCUCAUCACAAAGAAAAGAAAACAAACUCCAAAGGAAAUAAAAAGAUAUAUAAUUUUGAUUCCGAUAAAGAUGAUAAAUAUGACAUUGAUUUAGAAUCAUUUCAAGACAUAAACAAUCAUUUGGAAUAUUUAGAGUAUCAAAAAAAAAAUCAAACACUAAAAUAUAAUACACUUGAUUUAUUCAGUGAUGAGUUUAAUAAAAAAGAUGAAAAAAACAACACAAAUGUUUCAAAAUUAAUAUCUCAAAAAAAUACAAAUUCAACAGAAAAUUCUAUAGCUCAAAAUGAACAAUCAGAACAAAAAGUGACCAUAAAAGAAAAAAAAAAUAAAGAAUCAAAUGAGAAAAAAAAAAAAAAAGAAAAUAAAUUAGAAGCCAAAGAAAAAAUCAUCAAAGCAAGAAUAAUAGAAAAUAAAUUGAAUGAAGAAAAUAACGAGAUUCUCCCAAUUUAUUCAUAUGCAUCAGGGUCUUUAACAAAUAAGGAAAACACUCAUAUAAGAGAAGCAAUAGCAGUUACAGGAAAUUUAGUAUCUCCAUUAAAUUCAAAAAAUUUUCAGGUUGAUAAAGUGACAAUACAAGCAUAUGGAAAAUUACUUAUAAAAGAAAGCGAAAUAAAUUUAAUCAAUGGUAGAAGAUAUGGAUUAAUUGCACCUAAUGGCAGUGGAAAAUCUACACUUAUGCAUGCAAUUGCAUCUAAUCUUAUUCCAAGACCACAAACUCUUGAUGUUUACUUACUAGAUAGAGAAUAUACACCUACGGAAAUGACAUCAAUAGACGCUUUACUAGAUAUUAAUAAGCAUGAAACUAGGUGUUUAGAAGAAGAGUUAAUAGAGCUUUUAGAUGAUCCUGAUAAAAAUUCUAUAAGAAUAAACUCUAUUGAACAAAGAAUGGCUGAAUUAGAAAUAGGAAUGUGUGAGCAUAAAGCUAGAAAUAUUUUAGAAGGGCUUGGAUUUAAUAAAGAAAUGAUGCAACAAAAAACUUGCAAUUUAAGUGGUGGAUGGAGAAUGAGAAUAUCUUUAGCACGGAUAUUAUUCGUUAAACCAACUUUGAUUUUGCUUGAUGAACCAACUAAUCAUCUUGAUUUUGAAGCUAUUGCAUGGUUAGAAGACUACCUUGUCCAUGAAUUAGAUGGUCAUACUCUCCUAAUAACAUCACAUUCCCAAGAUACAUUAAAUGAAAUUUGUACAGAUAUAAUACACCUUUAUAACGGCCGUCUAGACUAUUAUUCAGGAAACUAUGAUACAUUCAAAAAAAUAAGAAAAGAAAAAGAUAUACAAAUUAUGAAAAAAACAAAAACAAAGGAAAAUAAGAUGGAAGUUUUACAAAAAAAAUUAAAUAUGACAGGAAGUAAACAACAACAACAAGCAAAAAGCAAGCUUGUUGCACUAGAAAAAAAAAUAGAGAAAGACAAAGAAAAAAAUAAAAUAUUAAAUGAAGAUAUUAUCAAAGAAAAAGAAUUAAUUCUCAAAUUUGAAAAUUGUAAUGGAGGAAUACCAUCACCUGCUAUAAAAUUUAGAGAUGUUUCAUUCGGGUUUCCAGAUAAACCUCUUCUUUUUAGAGAUCUUAAUUUUGGAAUUAACCUUAACUCUAAAAUUGCUUUAGUCGGUCCCAAUGGUGCAGGAAAAACGACAUUGAUUCGCCUUUUAAUGGGAAAUCUUCAAGCUAUAUCAGGUGAUAUAACCCGUCAUCACCAUUUACGUAUUGCUCAUUUUCAUCAACAUAUGAACGAUCAACUAAAUUUAGACAUUUCAGCAGUACAAUGGUUACAUGAAAUAUCACCAGAACGUUCAGAAAGUGCUAUGAGAGGUUUUUUAGGGAAAUAUGGGCUUACGGGGAAAAGCCAGGUUGUACCUAUGAAACAGUUAAGUGACGGGCAACGAAGAAGAGUUUUAUUUGCAUUUUUAGGAUUAAAGAAUCCUCAUAUAAUAAUGUUUGAUGAACCUACAAAUGCACUAGAUAUUAAUACGAUAGAUGCUCUCUGUAUGGCUAUCAAUAAUUUCGAUGGAGGUGCUGUUAUAAUUUCACACGAUUUUAUGUUAAUUAAUAAAGUAGCCACUGAAAUAUGGGUCAUAGAAAAUGGUAAAAUUCAUGUAUGGGAUGGAAGUAUAAAAGAGUAUAAAGAGAAACUAAAAAAGAAAUUCCAAGAAAAAAGAGAAAAAGAAACCAAACCAUUUAUUUUGAAAAACUAA